AUGCCGAGGAAUACGCGAUCGUCGUACAAGUCCAGCACUGGAGCAGGUCAACCCGGAACAUCUCAAAGAGAAAUCGGCCAGGAUCGAUCUGGCAGUCAGCGCAAUGGCUCUCGUGAACCCACUUGUGACCAUGAACAGAUCGAAAAUCUUACCCGACUUGCUCGUCAUCUUCAGGUGAUACCGAAGCACCGCUAUACCAUCGCUAUCGACUACGGCACGACGUUCUCGGCUGUAGCACACACUUCCACAUCUGUCACUGGUCCUCAAGAUCGGAAAGCUGUCAAUUUGACUUCCAUCAAGCCUUCUGUCAUCCAACAAUACCCUGUUGGUGGCGGCACCCGCGGAUGGGACGAUGAGGUUCCUACACUCUCUCUCUAUUUGGGUGAUGGUGGGAGGGAAUUCUAUUGGGGAAAUGGAGUUUUCAGAGUAACGAAUCGUCCUGGAGUCGACGCAACAACAGUCCCGAUACUCGACCUGGUCAAGCUCGACCUAUCCGAGUCUGAAGAAUUGAAGGAGGAAAGAGACCGCAUCCAACAGAAAUUGAGGAAAAGCGACGUCCCCAUAACAAAGGCCAUCGCCGAUUUCCUUCGAGAGGUAUGGAGAUACACUUGCCAGACCAUAGCAUCAGAAGACGGAGAGUCGCACUUUCAGCAGAGCGAGAAGAGGGUUGUCCUCUCAGUCCCACCGGCUUGGAGUGCAAAAGCAGUGAGGGUGAUGUUGGAAGCUGCUGCAGAGGCCGGGCUUCCGUCGCCUCAAAUUGUAGCAGAACAAGAAGCUGCCGCGUUGGCAGUGUUGAUCGAACGUGGCGUCGAUAAAAAGCAAGAUUUCCAGAUCGGAAAUACAUUUCUAGUGGUUGAUGCAGGCGGAGGAACUGUGGAUGUUGCCGCGUAUCUCUUAGAACAGAAAGACCCUUUUGGCGUCUCUGAGGUAUCGAGCGCUGAAGGUCUCGCAUGCGGAUCCAGCCUUCUCAAUCUCGCUUUUCGGGACUGGCUUGAAGAAAUGCUGCGAGCUGACAAAGAUAAGUAUUCCGAGGCUGAAUUUAAAAAACUGCUUCAGGCCGCUCCACUGGCGUUUGAGUGGACCAAAAGAGAGUUCGAUGGUCUGAGUCAAGAGAACUGGUACUGCAGAAUAUCUGGAAUCAAGGAAAGUUCAGAUGGACGGUUCGCUGAAGACUUUGUCUGUAUCUCAAGGGAACAAAUGUGUCGCUUUUUUGACUCAAUUAUCGAUGAAAAGAUCAUUCCGAUGAUAAGAAGUCAGAUCCGAGAAAUCCAUGAGAAUUCUGAGCAACUAGCCGAGAAGGGGCUUAUCAAGUAUAUCGUUAUUGUUGGAGGCUUCUGUGCCUCAAAAUACCUUCAAAAAAAGAUUCGGGAUGCCUUCACGAAACCAAAACCAGGAGCCUUCCCAGACUAUGGGAUUGAAAUUCUGACUCAAACACGACAGCACCAGACCAUCGUUGCUCGAGGCUCUGUCCUGAGAGCAUUGAACGGGAAUUUUGUGAGGCAACGGCGACUUCGUACAAGCUACGGGAUCAAGCAAGAUGAACUAUUCGAGGCGGGAACGCAUGACAAGAAACUGAGAGAACAAGAUGAACACGAAGAUCGUCAAAUUGUCCGCGACUGCAUUCUCUGGGUGUAUCGAUCAGGCAAGCUGCUCAAACAAGACGAGCAUCUCCAGGAGUUAGAAUUGCAUUGGACUGUUGACUUGGAUUUCGACUUCAAAAAUGGGAAUCGUGCAGAAGAAUUCACCUGCGAGAUCUGGAUGUCUGACGAAAAGGACCCAUUGAACAAUCAAACUGUGACUCAGAUGGAAGCUGAUAACAAACGUGAGUGA